AGUAUUAUUGAAAAAAAAAUAUACACAUAUACUCAUUUGUUGACAAUCAGCUGAUUGUUGCGUUUUUCAACUAUAAUUUUAUAAAUAAAAAUACAAUUAAUAUAUUAGUAAUUUCGUAAAACCAAAUGAUUAAAAGGGUUUACUUACGAAACAAAAAUUUAUGUAGCAUUUAUCAGCAAAUAAAAAGAAACAUGAGUUUAUUGGGUGACAAACCAAUAGAAAGUUCUAUCAGAACUAAAUUGGAAAAAGGAUUAGAGCCAUCGUAUUUAGAAAUUUUAAAUGAGUCUCAUAUGCAUAAUGUACCUAAAGGUUCAGAGACUCAUUUUAAAGUUUUAGUAGUUUCAGAUAAAUUUCAAAAUGAACCUCUGAUUAAGCGUCAUCGAAUGGUCAAUGAAUUGUUAGAAACUGAAUUAAAAACCGGCGUCCAUGCGUUGUCGAUUGUCGCGAAAACUCCAGCUCAAUGGGAAGAAAGUAUUAAAACUGUUUCACCUAGUCCAACAUGUAGAGGAGGAUUUGGAAAAUAAUCAUCAAAUACAUAGGAAAAUUUUUUAACUUCGACUGUUGUACAUACGCCUACUAUAGUUUUCACUAUAAAAUUUAUUCUAGCUCAAUGUAAUUCAUGAUUUUUUGAUGGACUGUAAGGAAUAUUCUAUAAAAAAAUAUAUAAAUUAUGCCAAUAA